GAGCUAGGGUCUUAACAUAAAUGGGGGCUCAUUCAGGAUAUGAAAGUCAUUUAUUUCUUUAAAAAAAUUACUUUAAUUUCAUCUACCAACUCCCACUGGUGAAUGCACUUCCCUUUUCCUCUAUGAGCUAGGGUCAUAACAGUAAUGUUUUUAUGUAAAGGAGCUUUUUUUCUCACAUGAAACAAAAGACUUCUGCAUUCCUUCUGUACUAAAUGACAGUAAGAAACAGGCCAUUUGAAAAUCAUACAGCAAAAAAAUGAGAAAAGAUUAAAAAGAAGAUUUGAACGAGAAUUGAUUACAACAGUCGUUAAGAUCAGGGCUAGGAGAAAGCAAAUGUGUCUUAAAGAUAGAUUUAAAAUUAGACAAUAAGUUUACCAGGAUAUCCUCAGGGACAUUGUUCCAAAGGAGGCCCGGUAACCUCUGGUCCCCCCCAGCCACGGUUAAAUGGCGAGUAGCACCUGAGGUAAGAUAUGGUGUCAAAAGAUCCAAAAUGUACUUAGGUGCAAGUCCAGAAGGGGCCUUAAAAGUCAGAAAUGAAAUCUUUAAAACAAAUCUAAACUUUACUGGAAGCUAAAACCAUAGUAAUAUAUUCUAGAUUUGGUGAGGAGUCUAGCUGCUGUGUUUAUAGGGGGUCUUACAAUAUUAGAAAAAAAGAUGAACCUGUAUUUUCAGAAACAACCCGAGAAAACAACCAAGUUUGUUAACACAUCACAAUCUGGAAUGAAGAAAAUAAAAAAGUGUAUCUUAAAAAGCUGGCGUAGAACAAGUAAGUAGACAUCAGGGGGCCGAUGAGGUUUCCUUCCACAGGAAAGGAGAAGGAGCUGCCUGGUGAGAUAAGUAUUUUUUUUCCACUUCCCAGUAAUUUGAUCUGCGUACGAUCAUCACACCCCUGCAGUUUUCAGUGUGUGGACUUGAUUUUAUUUUCACUGCUACCAGAAAUAAAUUCUCCUGACUUAAGCAGUCUGUGUGUGGACGGACACAGACGAGAGGAAGCCCUUUAAAAUGUGGAACAGACGAAAAGUGCUUCUUGCUGCAGUUGUUUUCACAGCCCUCUACUACAGCGUGGCAGCAGAGGAACCGAAACAACUGGACAUGGCCCCAGAUGCUGUGGACUACCUGUAUGAUAAAUGCAGAAACAAGGCCAUGGAUAAGUUCAUCCAUUCAGGCCUGUUAAGACAAGAGCUGAACCUCACUGUGGGUUUCCGGACAGCAUGGAACGUCAGUAGCCAGUGUUCCAAGCUGAUCCCAGGAGGAAUCAAAGAACAUACUGCUGCACUGGGGGCAUACGUCAACGGGGACUUUAAAGACACCUUUAACAGCCAAGUGGAGACCAUGGGCGGGAACGUUAGCACCUACGAGAACAACUUCAGUUUCAAGUCGCUCCACUUCCUGCUCAUGGAUUACAUGGUGCUGCAGAAGCCCCAGACUUGCAAGAAUGUGUAUGUUUUACCAGAUAAAGCAGUCACGGCACAAGUUGGUUCAAAAGUGAGACUGAGGAGGUUCACCUUGGCCGAGUUGAGCUUCAGCACGCUAGAGAAAACACAUGAUUUGGACGACGAAGUGAUUUUGAACAUCACGUCUUGCUUCUUUGCCGAAGUGGGUGAAAACAUUUGCAUGAAGCAAACAAACACUGUCUUGUUGAGUCCAGCUGAAGAGUUCACAGUGGAGAGUAGAAAUGUCACAACUGAUCACAAUGGGGAGUACACUGUGAUCGUCUUGAAAGCCUCAGGUCAGCAGGGCUCGAACAACUGCGACAUCUUCUCACGGUCUCCAGCUGUCGUCUCCACCCAUGUGUGGCUUGUGUUGGUGCUUUUGUCUUUGUCUCUUUCCUUCUUUUGUUGAGUAAAAGAAAUCUCAGACCAGUCGUUAAAAUGCAAAAUACUGGUUUGAUUUUACAGUUGCACAAUGAACAACUUGUUUUGCUGUCAUGCAAUUAAGAUGUUGCAAGCUGCAAAAACAUUGUCGCAUUGCUUUUUAAAUCACUUCUUCCAUAUUUUAAUCAUUGAUUGUGUAAUAAAGAUGUAUAAUACGUCCUCCCAUUGUGCAAAGCCCAAAUAUUCCAGAUACAUCUUACGCUGGUGUGGAGCCAGAAGUGAUUGAAGAGUGGAGCUGUGGUAUUGAGGUCCCGCUAAUACACAAAAUUGAGCAAUCGCAAAUCAGUCUCAGUUUAAUAUAUCAUGACGUUUAACCACAUUUUUAUAGCAUCAAAUAACUAAUUACAACCAGACUGGAAAAAUUACCACUUGAACAAACAUCAGUGUGAUAAGAAAUGACAGAAAACAACUUUGAGAAAAAUAUAUUCCACUUGUACUUAUACUGAGUUUUUAGUUGUCUUUUGAAGGUUCUAUUUUAUGAUGUACAGCCACCAGGAGGCGAUCCAGAUGUUUUGGCCUCCCUUUCGAGGUGCUUUGUUUAUGCAAAUCAAGCAAUGCUUACUUUAGUAAUUCAAAGAUAGUCUAGUUCCUUUUUAUCGAUGUGUUUGUAUUUUAUGCUUUUAUCAGUGAACGCACGUUAAAAAGAUGAACUCUUACCUCACCAGGAUGCUCCAAAAGAGGCAGUCUCAGUUGAGAACAGCAGCUUUUAGACGUACGAGUUGAAAUAAACUGGUUGAACUCCC